AUGGAGUAUAUAUUGCUUAUUGAAGUUGCAGAAGGAAUUGAAGAGUGUUACAGCUUUUAUAAAACGGGGAAGAAAGGGAUACCAGAAAGUGGUGACAGUAAAAGUUUAGAAGCUAAAUCUACGUGGGAUUAUUUACCAAUGUUGAGCUUGCAAAGUACCACCGGCAGUAAUAAGGUUUCUAUAGAAUCGGAAUGGAGUGGACAUGGGAUUAUAAGGCUUUUUAAGAGUGAACAUGCGUCUUUGGGUAGUCUUGAUGACGACAAAUUGUGUCGAGAAUUAGGCGAUGGCCGGAUGGUAGCAAUGCUCUUUAUUCCAAAUUACUUGACUAUCAACAGGCUAUUGUCAUGGUUUAUAGGAGACGAGGUUACAAGCCAGACAACACACUUACAAAUGAUAAAAAUGAAUAAGGAAAAGGGUAGAUUUAUGCUUUUAAUGAAGUUUAAAGAACAAAGUUAUGCAAGAGAUUUUAUGAAGAACUUCAACGGAAAGAAGUUUAAUGAGGUGGAUGCUGAAACAUGUCAUGUCGUUGCAAUAAAAGAGUUGGUCUUUCACCAAGGGAUGUUUAGUGAGGACAAAGAUGCUCUACCUUACAUGUUAAAAUACCCUUUCACAAGUAGCGGUACUUUGGGGAAUGGUGAGAAUAAAGACACAUUAAUAGAGCUUCCAAUCUGUCCGGUGUGUCUUGAGCGCUUGGAUAGUGAAAUUACUGGUUUAAUCACUACGCCAUGCCAACAUACCUUUCAUUGUAAAUGUCUCGACCAAUGGAAAAACGGAAACUGCCCGGUGUGUCGAUACUCCCAAUUAAAGGAUACUGACAACCAGCCACAACCCACAUGUCGAAAAUGCAAUGAGAAGAAUAAUCUCUGGAUUUGCUUGAUAUGUGGGCACCUAGGAUGUGGCCGUUACAAUUCACAACAUGCAAUCCGGCAUUAUGAAGAGACUAGUCAUUGUUUUGCGAUGGACUUGAAUACUAAGAGAGUCUGGGACUAUGCUGGAGAUAAUUACGUACAUCGGAUUGUACAAAAUGAAAUAGAUGGGAAGUUGGUUGAAGUUGGUGAUUCCAGUAACAGCAACGUGUCCAAGGUCAACAAAGACAAUCAUUUAGAAUAUGUGCAGGUUCUUCUAUCCCAAUUAGAAUCGCAACGUGAAUAUUAUGAGGCACUAAUAUACGAUAUGCAACAAAGAGUGGAAGCUCUAGAAUCCAAUGUACAAGAAAAUAAGCAUACUGAGGAUACACCAAAUCCCCAAUUGAUAAAAAAACUGGUGGAUGAAAAGGUUAGUAAAGUGCAAGAAAAGUUGGAUGAAGAGAUUAUGAUCAAUACCGGACUUCAGCAAAACUUAGAUCAUUUGACUCAAGAGAUAGAAAAUCUCAAGCUCGGAAAAGCAAAGCUACUUGAGGAGAAUGAAGAAUUACAAUCGCAGGUCAGUGACUUGAUGGUUCAUUUUGAGACUCAGGCAAAAUUCGCGGAAAACUCCGAAUUACAAAACUCAACAUUGGUUCUCAAACCAACUCCGGGCAUGCCAUCCUCGUCAACCGCUUCAGCUACUGAAAAGAAAAAGAAGAAGAAAAAGAAGAAACUAGUCAAGAAACCACUGUAG